AUGAGCAGCAAGGAUACCAAGCAGCAGUCGGCUUGCCUCUGCUACCACUGCAGGGUGAAGCAUAGUGAAAAGACCUGCUUUGCUGACGAGGGUGAUGUCUACCAUGAUGCCGCGCACAUCGAAGAAGCCAAGGCCUUCUGGCAGGUCAUCAGCGACCAGGUGGUCAAGGAGAAGAACCGAGCGCAGGCAUUGGCCUCGAUUGUCUCCUCGAAGGUGAUGGAGAUCGUGAAGUUCCUAGGCAACGCAUUCGUCGAUAUUCCACUCGAUAUGGAGCACAGCACCGAGGUGCAGGCCGACCUGUUCGCCAUGCCGGAGAGCAUCCGUAUGUGCUCAGACUGCCACUGCUUCUUCUCCAGGAAGGCCAAGUGCCACUGCACAAAAUGUAUGGGUGAAGACUAUCGCAGCCACUACGUCAUUCUCAUGCACGGCGUCAUCGCCGAGCCCUUCUGCAUGGCGUACGUCGCGCAGGCGUUGAUGAGCAACUACCCCAAUCUGUUCAUCUACUUCCCCCACAAGAUCGCCGGCAAAAGUCUCGUCGGACUGGAGCUCGUGCUCCAGAUGUACUCGUCAGAGCUGCUCGAGCUGUUCGCCAAGAUACCCAAAAAGAUCAAGCUCAGUGUCAUCGGGCACUCGUUCGGAGGCAUCAUUCUGCGCACGUGGCUGUUCUACUACCACCGGAAAACCCCCGGAGUGUACUUGCCGAAGGAGCCCACGCCAGACGAAGAGAAGAAGGAAGGUGCGCCCGAGGUACAACAUGACACACCAGCAGGGCCGUACGAGCCGCCGGAGAUCCAGUGGUGCAACUACAUCAGUUUCGCGUCCCCGCAUUCCGGUAUCUACGAGAACAAUGCAGCCUUCAGGAAGGUCAUCAGCCUUGCUGGCUCCAAGUCUAUCGACGAACUGGACAACCAGUCGGUGGACCUCCUGCUGCUGGUCAGCAAGGAGGGCCUGGAGGGCUUGAAGAAGUUCCAGAACAUGAUAGUCUACGGAAACCUCUGGGGCGAUCACCUGGUCGCGCCGCGCACCUCCAUGCUCCUGCCGAGGUACAGGAUCAACUCCACGAUGAUCAAGGCCUUCACCAAAAUUGGCGAAGAAAACCCCGGCGAGCCGCACGCAAUUCUUGACCUCAUGUCCAAGUACGAUGGUCCGAGGCCAGAGGACGACGUUGGUGACGGCGUGGAGUCGGCGGUGAACAGGGAGGAGGCCGUCGACAAACUGGUUAAGGCCUUCUACGCGAGGGUCGCCAAGGUCAUCCUCAAGACUUCCCACGUCAACAAGUUGCUGUUCGACUCGGACAAGCCAAUUGUGGAGGGCGACGACGACGCCGUUUGCCGCCAGGUCCUUUCCGAGGAGGACAUCAACACCUUCACGAAGAUCAUAUCCGACAUCGUGGUCAAGGCCUCCGACAAGCUCAUGGGAAGGCUGCUCGGCAAGACCGACCUGCUCUACCAGGAGGUGCUGCUGACGGCUCUGUGGGAACUCACGCCCUACAAGUUCGCCGUAUAUAUGCCCAUCAUGUGCAUGCCACACAAAAGCAUCGUAACCCCCAUGGAUAUCCAAGCUUACGACAAGCUCACCAACAAGGUCCUGACCCACGCCGCCGCCCGUUUCGUAGCCUAA